AGUUAGUUCCAGAACAAGAACAGCACCCAUGUUGUUGUCCAUCUCUACUUUCUACCUUCCCCAUAUAUAACCCCACAAAACUAUUCAAAACCCCAGCAAACAAAAACCCUAUCAUUGUUUUCCCUUUCACUGCCACAGCAAAACGCAACACCAAAACUCCUCUCCCCUAUUUUUAUUUUUGAAUAAAGUUAUUCCCAGCUAUGGAAUCCCCAGUUCAAGCCCAAGCAAUUCCUCUUUACGAAACCCUAACCCUAACCCCACUUUCUCCUUCACCCACUGCCACUCCAAUUCGAUCGCCGCUGUCCGAUCCUCUCCAACCCUACUCUGUAUUCCGCAAUGAGAUUUCUCUCUCCGCCUUCAAUUCUGCUGCUGCGGAAUCUGCUGCACCUGAUUUCUUCUCUCUUGAUGUUGGAAGCGGUGAUGAGGAGGAGUUGGAGCUGAAGACGCCUGUUAAUGGAGAGGCUAAGGGGAAGAGGAAAGCGGAGGUGGAGACGGAGACGGAGAACUUGCCGAAACCAAUGACGGAGAGCGUGUGGUUUAGAGGGGAUAGUAAGUUUAGGAGUCCGAUGUUACAGUUACAUAAAGAGAUAGUGGAUUUCUGUGAUUUUCUGUCACCAACUCAGGAGGAACAAGCUUCACGUGCUGAAGCUGUACGAUGUGUUUUUGAUGUUAUUAAAUAUAUAUGGCCCAAUUGUAAGGUGGAAGUUUUUGGCUCGUUUAGGACAGGACUUUAUCUUCCAACCAGUGACAUUGAUGUUGUGAUUCUGGGUUCAGGACUAAAAAGCCCACAGAUUGGUUUAAACGCUCUUUCCAGGGCCUUGUCUCAGAAGGGCGUUGCAAAGAAGAUACAGGUGAUAGCAAGGGCUCGUGUGCCCAUUGUUAAAUUCGUUGAAAAGAGAAGUGGUGUUUCCUUUGAUAUAAGUUUUGAUGUGAAUGGUGGACCCAUAGCUGCUGAGUUUAUCAAGAAUGCAAUAUCCAAGUGGCCUGAACUACGACCAUUAUGUUUGAUUUUGAAAGUAUUCCUACAACAAAGAGAACUCAACGAGGUAUACUCUGGCGGCAUAAGUUCUUAUGCUCUGCUUGCCAUGCUUAUGGCAAUGUUGCAGAAUCAUAGGGAGUGCCAGGCUUCUCUAGAACGUAAUUUGGGGCUUCUCUUGAUACACUUUUUUGAUUUUUAUGGACGCAAAUUGAACACCACAAAUGUUGGUGUAUCUUGCAAAGGGACUGGGACAUUCUUUUCAAAGCGUACCAAAGGGUUUAUGAACAAUGGACGGCCAUUUCUCAUUGCAAUUGAAGACCCACAGGCACCAGAGAAUGACAUUGGCAAGAAUUCAUUCAAUUAUUUCCAGAUUAGAUCUGCUUUUGCAAUGGCUUUUACAACCUUGACAAAUCCGAAGACCAUCCUAAGCUUAGGACCCAACAGGAGCAUUCUUGGUACCAUAAUUAGACCUGACCCAGUUUUGCUGGAACGCAAAGGAGGGAAAAAUGGAGAGGUAACUUUUAGCAGCUUGCUGCCUGGAGCUGGGGAGCCCUUGCAGUCAAAUUAUGGACGACAGGAAAUUUUGUGCAAUUGGCAGUUGGAUGAUGAAGAAGAAGCAUUACCACGAGGAGGUGGGAAUGCUGGAGAUGGUAGUGCACAUUCCUCUGGAAAGAAGAGGAAAGCUUCUUCUAAAGAGAAGUCUCGGAAGAAAAAGUCGAAAGAAAAUGGUGACAUUGGGAAGGUGAGACAUGAUGAAAGUGGCUCAAAGAAAGAGAAGUCAACAAAGAAGAAACAGCGAUGGAGAAAAAAUGAUAGCUCCAAGGGUUUUGCCAGUCAUGCUGCUGGGUCUUCAUAGAUUUGUUAAAAACGUAAACAUAUCUUUGGCAGGCUGGAUGAAUGAGUCAGGCAUGGCUGAUGCAGUUCCUUCUCACCUAUGAAUGGUUUACUGCAACUACAACAAUCAUCUAACAUUCUGCCUUAAGACUGCUAAAGACUGCUUGGGAUGGCAUGCUGUCUGAUUGAGUAGCAUCUGAAGCAAAUUACUGGCUUUAAGGUGGUUGCGGCUCCUCCCAUCUCUGAAACAUUGUCCUGUGAUUGGCCAGUAUUUGACUUUUGUACUAAUACAGAAGUAUAGAGCAAAGUUUAACGAACAGGAAUAGUGGAUGUGUAAUUGAAUCCAAUUUCCUGAGUCGUACAACAUCAAAGUCUCAGAACUGGAAAACAGGCCAGAUGGAUCUAAUAAUUUUGACACCGUUUGGAGCCUCCAUGUUUGCUAUGAAGGGAGGAGCUGCUUGUGGCUUUUAAGUUUGAAUGCCGAGCACCCAUGCCGUCUGAUAAAUGACAAUAGGGCUGCUUGUAUUUUUUUUAUUUUUGUUUUUAUUUAACCGAGUAAUGGUUAAUUGUAUCCCUAUUAAUUGAUUGAUUUAUGAGCUCCAGCCUUGUUUUCUGCUA